GCCCUGCACCCGCCAGGUGGCCUGCGCCCACCUCACCUUUCUUUGGGGUCCCGUGUCCAGCACGUUUCCCCUAUCUCAGACCUCAAGGAAGGGCUUCGAAAAUUCAUAGAGAACGCCAGGGCGUCACCCUUCCCAGGGUGAACUGCAAAUGAGAGGAGUGACUCUGCAGAGGUGGAAUUUGGGGCGUCUGCAACGCGCGUAGGGGCGGAGCGGGGCCUCCCCGGCGGACCCUGUCUCGCCAGCAGGUGGCGGUCUAUCUGCGAGGCCUGCAAGGUUCCCGUCCAGAAACUUGAACGGGAUGUUGAUGCCACUGCAUAAGAUCACAGUCGAAUCUUCCCGAGCCGAGCUGUCGGCAUCCGCGAAAAAGUGGGGAGAGAAGGGCGCUGACUUGCGGCUGGAGUGACUCAAGGAUUGAGACACCACUAGCUUCAUUCGGGAAGGCUUCAGGAGGGGUUGCUUUCCUGUUGCAUCUUUGACGUAGUUUCCUAGACUCUGCUCUAUGAUUUAACUUGAAAGUCUGAAAUGAAGAUGGAGGAGGCAGUGGGAAAAGUUGAAGAACUCAUUGAGUCUGAAGUCCCACCAAAAACAUCUCAACAAGAGACAACUAAGGAGGAAGAUGGAUCUGUAGAACUGGAACCUCAAGUUCAGAAAGAUGGUGUGGUGGAUUCUACAGUUCUUUCUUCAAUGCCCUGCUUGUUGAUGGAACUGAGAAGAGACUCUUCUGAGUCUCAGUUAGCGUCCACAGAGAGUGAUAAGCCGACAACUGGCCGAGUUUAUGAGAGUGACUCCUCUAAUCACUGCAUGCUUUCCCCUUCCUCUAGCGGUCACCUGGCUGAUUCAGAUACGUUGUCUUCUGCAGAAGAGAAUGAACCCUCCCAGGCAGAAACAGCGGUAGAAGGAGACCCUUCUGGAGUGUCUGGUGCCACAGUUGGGCGUAAGUCUCGGCGGUCUCGAUCUGAAAGUGAAACAUCCACUAUGGCUGCCAAGAAAAACCGGCAAUCCAGUGAUAAACAGAAUGGCCGAGUCGCCAAGGUUAAAGGUCAUCGGAGCCAAAAGCACAAGGAGAGAAUCAGGCUACUGAGACAGAAACGGGAGGCUGCUGCUCGGAAGAAAUAUAACCUGUUGCAGGACAGUAGUACCAGUGAUAGUGACCUGACUUGUGACUCGAGCACGAGCUCGUCAGAUGAUGAUGAAGAGGUUUCAGGGAGCAGCAAGACAAUCACGGCAGAGAUACCAGAUGGACCUCCAGUUGUAGCUCAUUAUGAUAUGUCUGACACCAGCUCUGACCCAGAAGUGGUAAAUGUGGACAAUUUAUUGGCGGCUGCAGUAGUUCAAGAGCACAGUAAUUCUGUAGGAGGCCAGGACACAGGAGGUACCUGGAGGACCAGCGGGCUUCUAGAGGAGCUGAAUGCUGAGGCAGGUCAUUUGGAUCCAGGAUUCCUAGCAAGUGACAAAACAUCUGCUGGCAAUGCACCACUCAAUGAAGAAAUUAAUAUUGCUUCUUCAGACAGUGAAGUGGAGAUCGUGGGAGUUCAGGAACAUGCAAGGUGUGUUCAUCCUCGAGGGGGUGUGAUUCAGAGUGUUUCUUCGUGGAAGCAUGGCUCGGGCACGCAGUAUGUUAGCAGCCGGCAAACACAGUCAUGGACUGCUGUGACUCCCCAGCAGACUUGGGCUUCACCUGCAGAAGUUGUUGACCUUACCUUGGAUGAGGAUAGCAGACGUAAAUACCUACUGUAAUACAAUGUCGCUGUGUUCCUCUGCACUGUUCCCUUCCACUUCCUCCUCCUCCUCUUUGUGACAUGGAAGUUCAUUGUCAUAGCUUCAGCCUCAGAAGCUGUUUGUGGCAUUUGUAUAAUCAAAACUCAUGGAAAAUUGCCCCCCUCCUUUUUUUUUUUUUAAUUAAAAGAAGUCACUUAGGAAAAUAACUUAUCACAGAGAAAAGAAUUUCUUCUUUCCUUCAGUAGGAAUAUGAGAAUGAUGAAUUUUAUUAGACAGCUUCGUUUUACUUGGUGACUUUUAAUCUUAGGAAACUCUGCCUUCCUUUUAGAAUAAUAUUUCAAUUACCAGGUGAAAUGGAUUUCAGUUUUUGAAACUUGUAUUUAUUUUUCUGUGUAAUAAAAUUAAUGUCUAGACUUGACCACUGUCAGCCCACCCAUUGGCACUCCCACCUUAGGGCAUCUGCACACAUGUUAGUCAGGUCUUUACUGGCACCUACUAGGGCAUGUGCAUUUGAAAACCUGUCCUUAAAAAUAGAAGACAGAAGUAUUUUCUUCUAGCUUAAGUCUUCUGCCUUCUUUCCUGACUUUGCUCCUGGCUGACUUCCCACAACACAAAUAAUUGUCAUGCCCCUUUGUGUUUAUAAAAACUGCUAAGGUGACUUAGUUGGUCUCCUUGUUGCAGUAAUUCAUAACUCUUUGGCAAAUGUCUCCUUUUGGGGCAGAGGCAUUUCUGAUAGAUACCCACCAUGAGGUUUUCUGGGCAUCUGAAGAGAGUAUUGAGAAAUCAGUAGGAAAAUCUCUCUCCUUCAACUUUUUUUCCUGGUUUAUUCAAAUAAUGGGAGAACAUAGAAACCUAUUACUUAGGUAGAAUAUAAAAAGUUGUGUGGUUUCUGAGGCUAUGGGCACUUGCAAAUCUGAGAGGACAGUGCCGCCUUUCAUAGCUAGUCUCUCCAUAAAGGAUGUUCAACAACUGUUUAACACUUGAGCUGAAGGUGACCUGAUGCUAUAUUUGGGUAUUUUUCUCCUCUACCUUCUAAAAGUGGAAAAAUCAAAAUACACCAUAAGAAACCAUAUGCAAAGCACAUUAUUGGCACUGUAGGUUUUAUAGUACCUGAAAGGAAUAGCAAAGGGUAGUAGGAGCUUCAGGGAAUUCAGGAAAUGCCAGUGUUGGAGUUUUGUGGCAUUAGUUACUACCUUUUUUCCUAUAACAUGUUAUAGUUAGUAGUGAAUUAUUUUACAAGCAAUACCUAAAGUUAGAACACUAUGUACUGUGCACAGGGAGGAGUGAAGUAAUAUUGGCUUAGAAGACCUCACCUUUUGUUUUUCCACAGUUUUUAUUUGCUGUUUUUCUUUCUAUUUUUACCAUAUAAUGUUGCUUUAGCCCUUUGCCUCCCUCCCCAAAUGCCUUGGUGGCUCUUUCUUAUCAUAAGAGCAUGGGAACUACCGUUUUCAGUUUUCAUUCAGCGGACACACAUUUACCAAGUGCCUAUUCUGUGUAAGGCACUGUGCGGGGUGGGUGCUGUGGGGCCGCUGAGAUGAAUGAGACACUCCUGCGUGCGCAUGCAUCAGAGUCUGCCUGGCUCCACCUGGCUGGCCUUUUCUUCUAUUUUUUGUAAAGACUCGAUUCUCUCUUUACUCUACUUCCUGCUGCUUUAAUUCUUCCUUAUACCUCUUUCAUAGGAGUGCAUUUAAGCAUGUGUUCUUUGAUCUUCUCUGAUAGCAUCUCAUUGGAUUCUGGCCUCUGUUCUUCAUCAACUUUUUAUUUUUCUGUCAAUCUACUUUUAAUAGAUCAGGCUUUUAAAAGAUCAUGAACCUCCAGUUUUAGCACCUCGUAUAUCAAGUCUCUCAUGGCCACAAUUCUAGACAAAACCAAAGACCCAGAGGCCAGAGCGAAAUAGGACCUUCUGCAGAUUCACUACUGGUGUAACUUGGACCUUCAUGUUUUACUUUAGGAUUAAUUUAUUGAAUUUUACUGUUACAUGUUGUUUUUGACUUGAAUUAAAAUGCUAGACAAAGCAGAAAUGUACCAUUUCUGGUCUGUGUUUUCCAGGAAAAUCAUUGGGACAAGAAUAGAGUGGAUCAUAUGACUUGAAGUUUUUGCAGCUUAAUUAUUCCCCGGUAUCAGGGCAGAGCCCCAUUAUAAAGAAGGUUUUUGCAUUACCUGUUCUUAUGUUAACAGUAUGUUUUGUCUUAUUCUAUACAGCAUGUGAUUUCCCAUGACAUACUUUCUUUAGCCACUAAAAAUCAUCCUCUAAAGAGAAUUCUUUUGGUGUGCUGUGUGCACUGUGGAUUGGGAUCAGAGAGUGCAGUUGUAACCAAGCUCUUUUCUGUCCUUUUGCUUUUAUAUCAGGUUGCACUUUGCCCUCAUCUGUCCCUAUUCCAGCACCAAGACUACCUGACUUGAUGCACCAGAACAGAGAUUUAGAAAUGAAGAUGCAAAAAGGGGAGGGGAAGGGAUGGUAGAGAUAGUUAGCUUUUUCUCUACCAGGUUGGGACUUUUCCAAUAGUUAUAGUUACUAACUAACUAUGGAGAGACUAUGUUUCAACUCUUAUUUCAUUGCCAGAACUUGUGGAAUGGGGAUGUUGUUUCUGGCAAGGUAUUUAUUAAUGAUAAAAUUCUGUGGUAAACAACUCCUGUGACAUUUGAAUUUUUUUUUUUAAAGGAAUCUUUUUUUCACCAAAGUUUUGCAUUUGGUAGCAUAAAUACUUCUUUAUGCUUCACAGGACAUUGUUCAAAGUAAUAUCUCUGCUAAAAUGGUACACUUGGAUCACAGAUUGGUUUAUGGCACUAAUUUGGUUGUCCUGUCGUGUCUGUCCCCCCUCCCCCAAUUUGAAACCACAAAGCUGUAACUUAGCUGUUGAAUCAUCAUGACUGCCCUAUAACAUAUAAUUGCUGCUCACCAGUAGUUGUCUUUUCAUUUUGAUGAAAGGGGCCAGACUGAAUGGACUCCAUUAUUCUUUACAAUUGAGCAUCCCAUAAACUCUGCUUUUAUUAUUAUCAGUUGUGAAUAUGAACUGGCUGAUUUGCUAAUUUAGUCAAUUGUUCAUUGUUACUUUUAGCAGAUUAGCUCCAUAGGUAACUUAAAAAUGAAUUGUUGCCUGCUUUUUUAUACUGUGUCACAAGGUUUUUCAAAAAGCUCGGGACACAAUUUUGACUUUCAGUUUAAACUUUUUUUUAAAGGCAAAGAGCCCCUAAUCCCUGUUUUCCAGUAUGUGUAUGAUGUGACUUCCAUGUAUAUAUAAAAAUGAUCACGCCCUAACCAGACUUCCUCAGAUUGUGCACUGUUUGUUUAAAAUAAUCACGUAUUUUAGUCCAAUGCUGUUGUAUUUUUUCAUUUUAUUUAAAACACUACGUACUUAUUCUUUUAACAAAUUUUAAAGGGUAGUGAUCUUAAAAAAAAAUCACUGGAUAACUAGGAAAUAUUUUUGUUGUUGUUUUGCUUUGUUUUUUAAAAGAGUACAAAGGUCAUUGAAGCCUUUUGCUCCUCUUACCGUGAAAAUGAAAUGUUAGCCAUUGUAUGGCUAGGAACCAAUGCACUUGGUGGUUAACAGAUCUGCUGUUGCUGGAGUGUGAGCGUGGACUUGAUGCAGUGACGACAAAUCAUUGCUUAGAAUUAAUGUUUUAAAAUGUGCAACUCUAGUUUUUAAAACAAAAUUUGGUUCUUCUUUACAUUCAUUAUUUAGUUUUUGUUUCCAUUUAGUAUUUAAUGGUCUUUGGAGAAAAAAAUAAUAAAACAGAGUGUUAUAUAUAUAUUUUUUGGUGCAAGAUAAGAUUUUCUGUUUUUUGAAAUAAGUCUGUAGCAUAAAGGUUAAACUAUUUUAAGACAAAAUAAAAUAGAGUGUAUUUAAACAAUGAUAAUUUCUGAGGAUUUUUUUUUUCUAUCUGCUUCAGUUAAUUAGAUGGUGCCUGGAGCAGCUCCCAAGUUAGCUUUUGGAUGUGAAAGUGAAUUAUAUUUUGUUAUCAGAUCUUGUUGUUAUAAGAUGCCUGAUUUUUCCAAGCAAUAGCUGUAUCGUAUUGCCAAAAUGUUUUGCAAGUGGCCUUUUGUCUGUUAGAUCUAGAUAAAAUUAGCUUUGCGUUAGCUGUCCUGUAGUCCCCACCUCCCUUUCCAGCUAGGACCAGUGAAUUUCAAAGAGGGCUGAAGGCUCCCUAGUGCUAGGCACCUUUGCUCCUGGGAACAAAACUCAGCUGACAGUUAUUUCCCAGAGACCGGCGCACCGGGGUAAAACGCGGUAACUGCACACACUUUGCAUGAGGUUGAACUUUGAAACAAAUAUAGGGUGUUUCAAAAAUAGCUUAAAAAACUUUUCCCCUAAUUUGGUUCUGUUGUCAUAUUUUUUAUUUGGUUAUCAAAAUAAUAGGAACUACCAUAUUAACAACAUCUCAUGACUUUUGUAACUUAUGUUCACAUAGAGGAGAAUGAGGAACCGGGGAGAGCGAGGCCUGUAUUUAUUAAAACACUCAUUCCUGGAUCUCUUAGUGUUCCUCAAGAAUUUUUAGUUCUACUUGCAUUGGAAAGAGAUCUGUUAACAAUUAGGAAAUAUUUUCAGUUUUUUGAAAUGGUUCUUUUGUACUAUCUUGUAUCUGAGACCUAGACAUAUUAGCAUAUUAGUGCUUAUGAGAAACUUCUUUUCUUGGGCUCUAGAAGAAAAUUGUUUACCUACAGCCUUGCUUUUGAACCUUUUGUCCUUAGAUGCUGCUUCUGAAGAAUAGACAAGGCAUAAGUAAGUGAAAUAAUCUGUAUCUAGUACUUAAUCUCAUUCUGGCUUCCUCCUCCUGUUUGCUGGCUUUUUUUGGCCUUGCCAUCCCUUAUUUGUAUAUUUUGCAUAGUAGAAGACAGCUAUUUAUAAUUUUAGUCCAAACAGAGAAAAAUUAUAGAUAAAUCUUUACCAAAUACAUAAAUAUCUCUUGAGCUCCAAUUUUGCAACCAAAGUAAAGUGAAUUUCUCCUAGGUUUUGUUUUAACCAUGUUACUGAUCUAUGAAGGAGUGAUCUUCCUGGGUCAUUGAUAGGUAUAAUUUUCUUUACUUCCUUAACUCCAUGUUUUAGAGAACUGAUUCACAGAAUUAGAGAAGUUCCUGAUCUAAGGUGAAACUUUGGCUGGGAGAGUCUGCCUAGAGCGAAAGAAGUCAGUAGUAAUACUGGAAGGAGCAAUGAGCUCAGAAAAAGAUGCAAGUGCUGAUCGUGAACAUCAUAGAGAUGAGGGAGGAGCACCCAUUAGCCCAGCAGAGGUUGUGACACUUGGCUCAAUUCAACUGCCUUUGUACUACUCUGCAGGCGGCAUACCUUCUAGCUGGAGAUGGCUUUAGGCAGGUUCCCUUUGUAUGCUGAGGAUUCACUGAUUAUUUCUUUCUGCCAAGCCUUGAGACCCCAUUUGGUGGGGUUGAUGUGAGUAAAGGAUGAGAGUGAGUGCUGGCAGUGAGGUCAAACCUCAGAAAGGAGGUGUGACAGCAGCAGCUGGUGUGAUCCUGGCCUGCUGGUUGGGAACACCCCUUGGUUGUAAAUUAUGUAGAUCUAGCUUCUUAUUCUUUGGUAAAGAAAGGCUAUUUGGUACCAGCUUUUUCCUUUGUGCUUUGAUAAUUAAUACCUCAGAGGAGUCAUUUCUGUUUCCUUUCUAUGAUUGCUCCAUCCUAAGAGUGGGAAGGUGCUGUCGACUGCAGAGCCCUUACUCUUGUGAUUAAGACUGAAAAAAGCAAGUCUGACUUUAGGAUGGAUCUUGGCAUCUGCAGCAUGAAGGGGAUCAGACCAAAGGGUGGGGUGACUGACGUGUAUAAAAAGCCUGAACCAGAGAACAAGAAACCCCAGAAAGGCCAUCUGACCACUAAGGGAUUUCAUUUCUAUGCCUGAAGAUGAAGAAUUUCUUAGAUUUCUGAGACUAAAAGGUAGGGCUGUGUUAUUUGGGGGAUAAUUCUUUGUUCUGCGGAGCCAUCAGGCCUUUCAGGCAGGAAUUCAGGAGAGCUGCUCACUCCAAAAAGCUGUUCAGAGGUCUACAGUUCCAUCAUCUCACUUAAGCUUUUGGAAGGCAUUGGAUGACUAAUGCCCACAGAACCUCGAAUUUCUACAAACUCUUUAUUUUCAAAGUUUUAAAAGAAUGUUUAUUUCAAAAUUUCUGCAUGGGGGUAAGAAGUGGUACAGAUUGUUUUCCUAAUUUUGCAGAUUGGAAGACUGAGAACAGAAGAAUAACAACUUAUUCAGAUUUACAUAGCUAACCUUACCAAGAGCAGAUUUUUCCUGUGGUCCAAAU